AUGGCGGCGGGACGCGGAGUAAACCAGGCGGCAGUGGAAGGAAGCGAACGGGAGGUGAGGGGGGGUCGAACACGGGCAGGUGUGAGCAUUGAAGGGCCGUUAGUAGCACCAGACGAUACAGUCAAUGGGAUGAUAGGGGCUGUAUGUGUGGCGGUGUAUCUGCCACCCCAUUGGUUCCCCUGCGCCGACUCGCCAGCUGGCUGCCGGCUGGCAGUGUGGGUGCGCCCUGGGUCGACGGACGUGUCGCUGCUCAACCAGGUGCUCAACAAGCGCUCCUUCCGCUUCCUGCGCCCCUCGCUGCUCCCGCACUUCCGCCCCUCCGCCAUUCUCGAUGCCGGCGCUAACAUCGGCCUCGCCUCUCUCGUCUUCGCCAUGCGCUUCCCUGAUGCGCUCAUAGUGGCGGUGGAGCCGGCACGGGACAACUUCGCCCUGCUGCAACGCAAUGUGGCGCACCUUCCCCAGAUACUACCAGUCAAUGCCGCCCUCUGGUCGCAUGACUCGCGGAUUGCCGUUACUAUCGGCGUCAGGGGGGGCUUCUGGGGCUACGAGAUGGUCCCAUGUGGGCAUCCGCAAGCGGGAGGGGGGCAGCAAGAGGGGAGAGAGCUGCAAGAGGGGGGAGAGGUGCAAACACAAGAGCAGAAAGAGCAGCACGUGCAGCAACAGGAUCAGCUGGACGAGCGGGAGCAGCAAUCCAGCAGCACAGUGAAUCCCCUGUCACCCGCUCCUCCCUCCCCCUGCAUGGCGGCCGUGGCAGUGCCGUCCCUGCUGCAGCGCCUGCAUGUGCCGCGCUUUGACUUUGCCAAGAUCGACAUUGAAGGCGCUGAGCUGCAGGUGUUCUCUCCCUCUGCUCUUGCCAGCGCAGCCACGGCAGGCAGGGGCCAUGGGGGCCUUGGAGGGGCAAGUGGAGGGAUGGGGAGAGGAGGGGUGAGAGGAGCAAGAAGGGGAGGAGAAGCAGCAGGGGGGUGGCACCGGGAUGUGGCGGUGCUGGGUAUGGAGAAGCAUGAGGACAAGGCGCCGGGCACAGGCGCGCGCAUGGAGGAGGUGUAUCCGCGCACACACUACGACGUGCGCAUUUUUGGCGAGUACACUGUGUACUUCAGCCCCGGGGCGGGGGUGCGCGCAACGUCCCCAAUAGCCAGCCUCUUUAGACUAAUCUGGCCUACGAAGGACUGA